CGUAGAGCCAACUUGAAAUGUUAAUAUUUAAUGAGUAAGAAAUUAUAGACUUGCGUUUAAGAUUCGGUCAACACCUUCAACAUAUCUGUGAUAAUGGAUUGGUGGAUCUAUAAAGUGAUUUCUCUGAGUGUAUUUUAUCAAGUAAUUUUGUCAAAAACCGAAGAAACAAAAGAAUUCUGUCACAAUGAAAGAAAAACCAUUGUAACUGACAAUAAUUGUGACGUCAGACAUAUUACCAUUACUGUAGAGGGAGACCCUAAUCAUGUUGAUCAAUGCGAUUGGAAUCAAGGAAAAAUGUGUAUUAAUGGGAAUUAUGAGAAUACCAAUAAAUCUCUUCGAUUCAGUUUCACUUUUCAUCUGGAACAUCAUGCGGGAAAACAGAUGGUGAUACAUUCCAGGUGUAAUAAUGGAAGCCAUAUCAAUAAAUCUAUUAUAAUGAUACCAUGUCGUUCAGAAUUUACGGUUGAUGCCACCUACAACAAGGAACACAUAAAUUUGACCUGCCAACAUAAGUUCUUCAAUUUGUCAUCAGACGGAAUCCAUAUAAAGAGGAAGGAAGAAGAUGAUUUUAUCGUUACCUGUACAUGGAACAGAGGAGAAUAAGUGACACAGUGUCAAA